AUGGACAACAGGGAUGAGGUUCAAAAUAAUAUGGAGGAGGGAAACCCUAGGCCUGAGGAUUCUACCCAAGACAUGGAGGAUGCAGAUACUAUUCUGAAUGCUGUUAGAAAUAACUCUCUAGAAAAGUUUAAGUUCCAUAAGAAAGAGGGUCAUAUCAGGAAAGAUUGCCCCAUUAUUAAGAAAUCCCAAGCUAAACCAGCCAGUAACCCUAACCUGCCAGCUAACCCCUUGGUUGUCUCUUCAUCUGUUGAUAAACCUUCUAAGACUUUACCUGAAUUGUCUAUUGCUUUCCGCAAUACGCCGCUAGCCAACAUUCUAUCCUUGCCUCCUCCCCCGAUGGCUGCUGAUCAAGAUAGUGAUGAUGGUUUUACCUUGCUUCCACCUAAGGUGUUUCAAGAAAUUGAGGAUGAUUACUGUUUAGAGGUUAUUCUUGCUAUGGGUGCUUCUAAAAAUGUGGAUAUGGAGUCCUCAGAUUUUGAUGAGGAUCCUAAACCUGAGGACCCCGCUUUUAAGAGGCGUGGGAGGCCUCCUGGUUCCAAAAACAAACCUGUGACUAAGAAGAAUGAAAUCAAAUCUACUAGUUUCACUCUUGAAACCAAUCUUAAUUAUAUUUGGAAUGAUGCUAUUAAGUUUUUCUCUAACCAUAGCAGAGGUAAGGGAGGUAUUGCUGUUCUUGUUAACCCUAAAUGGGGACCUCUCAUUACUAAUCACGGUGUUUCUCCCUGUCAAAGGGUUGUUUGGUUUACUAUGAACAUUAAUAAUACCCACAUGGGAUUCUGUUCUAUUUAUGCUCCUAAUGAUCCUAAAAAGAGAAUCGCUCUGUGGGAUUGGCUUAUCACCCUUCCUGAUAUUCCUUGGUUUUUUGGAGGAGAUUUUAACAUGGUAGAGUCUCAAACUAAUAAAGUUGGGGGCAAUCCCUUUAGAUGGAAAGACAGUGAAAAUAUGCACUGGUCUAAAUUUAUAUCUUCUAAGAAUCUUUUUGAUCCUCUUGCCAACAUUAAAGAUUGCAAUCCUAGAAUUUGGCACACUUGGUGCAAUUUCCAGCAAGGCUCUGAUAGGAUUUAUUCCAGGCUUGAUCGUUUUUAUGGUAAUAAAGACUACUUCUCAUUUCUCCCUGAUCAAAAUGGUAAUGUUGUUUUGGUUACUGCUACCACUUUAUCUGAUCAUCAUCCCAUUUUUACUCGUAUUAGCUUCCAUUCUGUUCCUAGUAAACAAAGGCCUACUUGUAAUAAGUUCAUUUUGAAUGCCAAGCUUCUUCAGGAUGAGGAUGUGUUGUGUGCUAUUCAAAUUAUCAGAAAUUUUAAUCAUAUUAAUCUCAAGGACUCCUCCCUGAUUAAUAUAUGGAAGGCUAACCUUAUGUCUUGGAAAUCUUUCCUUCAGACUAUAGGUCAAAAGUUUGCCAAAGACUUUAGGUUCACUGAAAAAUGCUUAAAUUCUGAUCUUCAGCAAGCUGAGCUUGAGGUUCAGUCUGACUCUUCUAACCCAGAGCUUUUGAGCAGGGUCCUUGCUGCUAAGGACGCUCUGAAGUCCAUAGAUAGAUUGGUUUUUAACAAUCAGGAGAUUUCUGAUCCUGUGUGUAUUACCUUGGCUUUUGUUGAUUAUUAUAGUAACCUGUUUUCUUCUGAAGAUACUAAGGAAGCUGAAGCUAUUAGAAUGCAAUGCAAGGCUCUUAUACCUAAUAAAUUGGAUUCGGUUGAUUCUCUUUCCCUUUCUAAGAUGAUUUUUGUUGAUGAGAUUAUUGGGGCUAUAAAGUCCCUUAAGGACGAUAAGGCCCCUGGGCCUGAUGGCUUUUCUGUUGAGUUCUACAAAGCUAAUAUUAGUUGGAUUAGUAAAGACCUUUUGGAUAUUUAUAAUGAAGCCAUGAGGGUUGGUACUCUCAGUUCUAAGAUUAACAGGGGUAUUAUUAUGCUUCUUCCUAAGGAUGGAGAUAAGACUCUUAUUAGGAAUUGGAGGCCUAUUACCCUCCUUAAUGUGUCUUAUAAAAUUUUGGCUAAAAUUCUUGCUAUUAGAUUGGUGCACAUUCUCACUAAAAUUGUUAGUGCUACUCAAACGGGCUUCAUUAAAGGCAGGUAUAUAUUAGAGAAUCUUAUUACUGCCUGGGAAGCCAUGGAUUGGGCUACAUGCUCUCAUCAAAACGUGGCUCUUCUACUUCUUGACUUCAAAAAAGCUUAUGAUAGGGUCGCGUGGAAUUUUAUCAUUAUGAUGCUCCAAUCUUUUGGCUUUCCUCCCUAUUUCUGCAAUGUUGUUCAAAUUCUCCUCAGUGAUGCUUUUGUGCAAGUUGAAGUUAAUGGUUCUCUUUCUAAACCUUUCCCCCUUGGGCGUUCCAUCAGGCAAGGAUGCCCAUUAGCUCCUACUCUUUUUGUCAUUUCUGCUAAAGCUUUGUAUUAUAUCCUUAGGGAUAGCACUCUAUCCCCUGAAGUUAGAGGGGUUUACCUUCCUAACAAUGACGAGCUUAUAAAUAGCCAAUUUGCUAAUGAUACUGCUCUUUUCUUUGAGAUCUUUGAUAGCAAUUUCUUGAAUCUGCAAACUAAGCUGAACAUGUUUUGCACCAUUUCUGGUGCUUGUAUUUCUCAGGCUAAGUCUAUUUGUUUGGGGCGGGAUGAUCAACCUCUGGAUUGGUUAUCUCAAUAUACUUAUCAAUGGGGAGGUCCUAAUAAGAUUGUUAGGUAUCUCGCGUGGAUGUUUAGCAAUUAUCAAAUUCUUGAAAUUCAAAAGGCUAUUAGAAUUUUUCUCUGGUCUAAUGGCAAAGGUAAUAGGAAAUUUCAUAGUGUUAAUUGGAAAUGGUGUCAUACGGAUAAGACCCUGGGAGGGCUAGGGCUUAAAGAUCUUAAGCUUCAAGGCAUUGCUCUUGCCGCCAAGUGGAUUUUUCACUCUUUGGAGGGUGACAGUCCCUGGAAAGUGCUUAUUAAACAUAAUAUUGAGAGAAUUUUUCCCAAGAAAGCUUGUUCUUGGAAGAACCUCCCUCUCGGAGACCUUAUUGUUGGUAAUUUUUCGAUGGUUGUUCAAGGUUCUGUCAUCUUCAAAUCCAUUUGGCAUGCCUGGGAGCAUGUCCGGGUUUUUAUUACCAAUAAGGAGUUCUAUAAUGAUAAUUAUCUCCAUGGUGAAAGGUCCAUUUGGUGGAACUUGAGCAUAAAUGAUAAGCCUCUAGCCCUCUACCAGGGUUGCUCUGCUAAGUCUUGGGCUAGAUCUGAUAUCCCUGCCACUUGCCAGGUGAACUCUCACAGACACCUGAAGUGCAAGUGGCCGGAUGGUAUAGUUUUAGACAAGCUGAAAGCUAAGUAUAUUUACAGAAUUAUUGAUCAUAAUGAAGAUAUCCUUAUGCAUAUUAACAAUUUUUGGUAUUGUUCUUUUGAUGGUAAAACUUGGAAUAAGCUGCUGAAUUAUAUUUGGAAAAGCCCCGUUGAGCCCAAGAUUCAAUGUUUUAAGUGGCUGGUUUUGCUUGACAGACUUCCGAUUAAAAGAGAUAAUCAGUCUUCUAAUAUUUGUAAUAAUUGCAAAUUGCCUGAUACAGGUAGACACAUUUUAUUUGAUUGUCUUUUUGCUAAAGAAAUAUGGAGACUUUUUGGCAUUGUUUAUCCUAUUAAUGUCAAUAUUCUUCAGAUUGUUACUGGUUACAUUAAUGGUAUUAGUAAAGAUGCUAAUGUUUUUUGGAAUAUUCUUUCCUCUAACAUUCUUUGGCAGAUCUGGAAAUGCAGGAAUGAGGAAAAAUAUCAAGGUAAGCCAAGAGAUCUUACUGAGUGUUUUCGUAAACUCACAUUUAUCAAAAUUUUCUUGCAGAUUCAAACCACCAUGAUAAUGGAGAAGGAAAAGCUGAGGAAAUUUCUCAAAGAUGGUCAAUCCACCUUCUUUUUGUAUGAGCUCAAGUAUGGUUACCAAUGGCAUAGGUCUCUGGAUGAUUUGAGAAUAUUUGAAAGCACUUGUUGGAGACUUAACCAGGUGAUAAAGCGGAACCAGAUUUCUAGGAAGGAGGAGACCUUUAUGUUGGCCCAGAUCCAGGAGAGGAAGAAUAUAGUUUGGAUGGAAGGCCCACAAGGUUGGACUGCGUGGGUGGAUACGUUCCCUGAUGUUCUUCACUAG